UUACUUAAAUCGGGUCAGAAUUGUGUCACGUGACCGGGGCUCGCGCUCAGGGGGCAGAGAGUAAACGCUGGAGCGGAGUUUGAGUUGAUGAAAAGAUGCUCGGCUGAUUGUAGACUAUUUGGAUUUACAAAAUCCCGAAUGCACCUGCAAAAGAGCAUGCCACAAUGGGCAUCACACUGUCUUCCCUCAGUGUCCAACAGUGCUAGCUGCUACUGUGGCAUCUGCCCUUUCACCUGGUGCCUCUGAGAGUCAUGUUGUCCGGCAGCUGGUACCGGAGCAUGUCCAGCCCCACCCACAGCCGUCAAGUGGGCAGGGGCUCAUUGACACCUGGCCUUGUGGUUCUGGAAGCCCAGUAUGACUACUCAUAUCGUGGGGCAGAUGGACAGACUAUCUCCAUACACGACGGUGAGCGCUUUCUUUUGCUGAAAAAGACGAACCCUGACUGGUGGCAGGUGAGGAGGCUUGGAGUUGGGAAGAAAGCCAAGCCAUUGUACGUGCCUGCCACUUAUGUCACCGAGGUGCAAGUCAACACACUGCAUUCUCCUCAGACCAGCAACCAAACAACAGCUUCACCUCAACACUCCUGGCUGGUGGCUCGCAGCUCACACAACCCCUUCUCACAGAUACAAUGCUCAGCACCUACUAAAGAAUUCUGUCAUUCCAUGGAGGACCUAAACAGUAACAGUGCUUUUACGAACACGUGCAUAAGAAAAGUCUCACCAGGAAGACAUUUCACCAAAUCGUCCAUCUCUACAAACAGCUCAGGUCACCUCAAGGUUCCAGGGUCUUUAAUACCACGCAGUAAGAGCUCCAGUCACCUGCCUCAGAACCCAUAUGGGGAACUGCACAUCACCAGGCCAAGUUCAUCGACCUCCCCUAAGUCGUUCAGCCAGUGGGAUAUGUCGAGCACCACUUGCAAACAGACAGGCGGAAACAUCCAGACCUACCUCUCUCAGAGUUCAUUGACAGAAAUGCAGAGGAGGCAGUGGACAGAUGUCCCAAGCCCGCUCCCAGGCCAGAAGCCUUUGCAGAUGUUGCAGCUGUGGGAACAGUAUCAAGACUCUGCCUCCGGUCGCUUGUACUACAUCAACAGUGUUACAAAAGAGCGGUCAUGGAAACCGCCACGUAGAGCUCGCCAGGGCGACAACAUACACAAUACGGCCAUUGUUACUCAGUUUAAGACUUCCUCAUGUGACUCAAACUGCCUGUCAUUUCCCCAGUACAGCUCAGGAAACAGGCUCUCCACUGACCUGAUCCACAGUACCCAGGAUGCAAAUACGCAACCGCUGAGUCAGACCAUGCAGCAUGCAGCCUCAUCAGACACGAUCAUUUCCUCCUCCUUUACUACUAAUGUCCAGAGCAAAGAGGGCAGAGCGGACAUCACCCAAUCCCAGUCCAUGAUCCGGUUUCCCCAAACAGACAGAAUCUCUUCAAAUGGCAAGUCAGUGUGCCAAAUGGUGUUGGGGUCAACUAACAGCUCUCCAGACAGUGAUGGACUGACACCGGAGCUUGAAAAAGCAGGUCUGCUCAACAAAACCAAGAUAGCGGAAGGAGGUCGGAAGCUCAGGAAAAACUGGAACCCCUCGUGGGUAGUGUUGGUGGGAAACAGUCUUAUGUUCUUCAAAGAUCCCAAAACUCAAAAUUCUGAUAGCUGGAAACCGGGGAACAGCUGUCCAGAGAGCAGUGUGGAUCUGAGAGGAGCCCAGCUACAGUGGGCCAAUGAGCUGUCCAGUAAGAAGAAUGUCUUCAAGUUAAGGACGGUUACAGGAAAUGAAUUUUUGCUGCAGUCAGACACUGACUCUGUAAUUAGAGAGUGGUACAGCACAAUACAGAAAGUUAUUGCCAAACUUGAUAAGGAGAAUCCUUUGGAUAAUGUAUUGCAGUAUUCUUUGAGGAGAGCAGGCUCCUUGGAGUUGUUGGACCAUAGUGGAGAUGAAGAGGAGAACCGUACAGGACUCAAGCCUUCGCUCCCACGCUCCAUCUCCAAUUUGGAGACUUCGGAGCGUAAGCGAGUGAAGAGUCGCUUAAGGAAGCUCAUUCUGAGGAGACCACCAAUUCAGGCCUUACAGGAAAAAGGCCUCAUCAAAGACCAGGUAUUUGGCUGUAGUUUAGAGCUGCUGUGUGAGAGGGAAAAGAGCACAGUGCCACGCUUUGUCAGAAACUGCAUCGAAACUGUAGAGAAGAAAGGUUUAGAGACAGAUGGUAUCUACAGAGUCAGUGGAAAUCUGGCUAUAAUCCAGAAACUACGCUUUGCUGUCAAUCAUGAGCGAGCUGUGUCUACGGACGGACGUUAUCUCUUUCCAGAGGAUUUAGUGCCAGUGGAGCAUGUGGACCUGGAAGACCCACAGUGGGAGGACAUCCAUGUGAUCACAGGAGCUCUAAAACUCUUCUUCAGAGAGCUUCCUGAACCACUUGUACCUUUUGGAAUCUUUCAAGACCUUGUCGAUGCUGUUAAGCUGUCUGAUUACAUGGAUAAAGUGGACCGUGUGAAAGUGCUAAUCGUCAGCAUGCCUUCCCCGAACCAAGACACCAUGAGGCACAUGUUCCAGCACCUAAAGCGGGUGAUGGAGCACUCAGAUAGUAAUCGCAUGACAAUGCAGAACAUCGGGAUCGUCUUUGGGCCGACUCUGAUGCGUCCGCAGAACGACUGUGCGAACAUGGCCAUUAACAUGGUUUAUCAGAACCAGGCAGUAGAACUCAUCCUCAGUGAAUAUGACCAGAUCUUUGGAUCUGACUCAUCCACAUCUCUCUGACACUGGUGUGGAAGCCGGACAGCAGCAGAACCUGCUCACUGUGAACCAGAAGAAUCUAAAAGGCAUGGAAGGCGAGCUAAAUAUGAUCCAUGCAACUAUUCGUUAAACUGCAUCGCUGCCACAAAUUUCAUCCUAGUGGAUGAUGGAUGAAAGGAUGGAAGUGCUUGAGCAACAAUCAGUCAACUGGCCUUUAGUGGGCACAAAGUCACACAAAAAAACAUGUGUUUUCAAAUUGAAUCAAGAGGCUUAUUUUAUGUUCUUUACUGUGUGUGUGUGUCAAUGUGAUGUCUCCUCGCAACUGUUUUUCAUUGUAUUGUUUGUAGCGACUUUGGGAAAACCUCACAUUUUGCUUUGGCAAAAAAAGACAUUAGCCUCCAUGAAAUAAAUUCUAUAAAAGGAGAUCAGCAAUAGUCACCCAAUACUCAUAAACAGAAGACAGUUCUGAAGUGUAACCUGUUAUUCAACUGCGUUUGAGUCAUCUUGUUUCUUUUUUAACAAUCCAAAUUACUAUGUAAUCUCCUUUUCCAUUGUUUCAGAAGUAUGGCUGUAGUGUGUGCAUGUGUCUGUGUGUGUGUGUGUGUGUGUGUGUGUGUGUGUGUGUGUGUGUGUGUGUGUGUGUGUGUGUGUGUGUGUGUUUUGCGUGACAGAUAGAAGGGCAGAAGUAUGGUCCGUAUUUUGCUCGUUGAUUCGGUGGAGCUUUUUGCCACUUUUGGUCCAAAUCUCUGUUUUUAAUAACAGAACAAAAGAAGAGCUAAAAAUGCAUUAUGUUUAAAAAAUGUGGAGUUAACCCCCCACAACCCCCCAUCAGCACCAGGGCUUUGGUAAUUUUAUAUUGACUGUGGCUUGGCAAGAGACAAGAAGAAGUGAGAGGGGAAGAAAAGAACACGGAGAGCAUAUGGAUUUUAAUGUUAGAGUUUAUAUAUUUAUUCAUUUCUUAUUUUCUUAUUAUUGCUAAGGGCAGCACGAAGAACAGGGGAGUUUACUGAAGAAAUAUAAGUGGAGAAAUGAAAUGAAGGUUUAUGUCAUUUUUGUUACUGUUGAGUAUUUCCUUGUAUAUUAACCUCCUUUCUCACUGGAAAAACCUUCAUAACCUUUAUUAAUAAAUCUAUGUGUUUAAUUCCAGCACCUCACCAGUACAGUCUGCAGGGUUUGGAGGGUUUCUAUGCCCACCAUACACCGGAUUCAAGCCGUAUUGAAAGGCAUUUCUAGAACUGUACAAGUCCUGGAAUUUUAAAUAUAUCUUUAUACUGUGAUGUAAAAUAUUCCCUGGAUAUCUUCUGCUAUGAAGCCCUGCACCUUUCCCUUAAAGGCAGUUCACAAGACAUAUAGUUUUAACAGAGGAGAGGAAAAAGUUUGUCAUUGUUUUCACUGCAAUUGCAGUUUGCCUCACAGGCAGCAGAAGACAAUCAUGACAAUCACAAUUUGCUUCUUUAACUGUUUAAUUGAAUCAUGUGUGUUGGAAAUAAAAAAAUAUUUCGGACUACAAACAGCACAACUGAAUAUCAGUCCAUCAAAAUUCUUUUAUUUGUUGUGCCAAAUGUUUGGCCCAGUGACCUUUUCACUAAUCCCCAAGAUUUGUAUAAUUGUAUAUUUGAAAUAAAAUGACACUUGUACUAAAAUAUUUCCUUUUUUUAAAGUAAUAAAAAUGCGCCUUCUGAUCUCAUCUGAAUACUGUUUUUUAAGUUGCCGACAUGGUCUGUAUCUUUUCUCUUCCUCCAGAUCCUGUAAGUUAAUUUGAGCAAAAUAUUUGACAAUAAAAGCUAAUUGAGGAAAUCUGA